AUGGUACCAAAGAAUUUACAGCCUACAGUGAAAUACGGAGGUGAUUCUGUAAUGGUUUGGGGAUGUAUGAGUGCUCAGUGUGUUGAAAACUUGCACUUUAUUAAUGGAAUUAUAUACCAAGAUAUUUAUUUAAAUAUUUUGAAGAUAAAUCUUGUAGCCAGUGCUGAAAAAAAGGGCAUCAAAGAUGAUUUCAUAUUUACACAGGAUAAUGAUCCCAAGCAUACUGCAAAAAAAAUUAAGGCUUGGUUGUCGAAAAAUGUAAUUGAAUAUCUCGUGACGCCACUACAGUCUCCAGACAUUAAUCCUAUUGAGAAUUUGGAUAGAAAAAUUCGAGAUCACAAUAUUUCAAGUAAGGAAACUCUAAAAACGUUCUAG